CUAGGCCUCCUUUUCGAAACACCGGACAGCGUUGUUUCACAAUAGAACAUAGGUAUGCUAGAGACUAUGGCCAAGUACGUGAGUGCUUCUUUAGCCAUCCUGUUGUUAACCCUGUCUUUAGUUGCUGCAACAACAGCAGACGACCCUUCUCACUCAGAACUAUCUAGCAAGAUCAGCGAGCAUUCUCUAUCUUACAGCCCGCAGGCGCAACACUUCCCGAACGAGCGGCUCUACCGAGCCUACCUCGUUAUCCAACGCUUCAAGAGCAGCAUCACUAGCGAUCCGAAAAACAUCACCACAACCUGGUCUGGCUCUGACAUAUGCGGCAAAACAAGAUAUGCCGGAUUCCACUGCGCGAUAACACCCGGGCGGGCUAAGAUUCUCACAGUCACGGCAAUUGUUUUCAAUGGUUUUGGCCUGCGUGCGCCGAGGCUGCACAGCUUCAUCGACCAGCUCCCCGAUGUUGUGAUUUUUCAAGCUUCCUCCAAUAACUUUGGGGGAGACAUCCCCCACCUCGACGGCCUUGAGUAUAUGUAUAAGCUCAGUAUGUACGACGAUCUCCAUGAUCAGUAUUCUGAAACUAAAACAACCAUUGGCGGGAAUGUUGGCAUCGGUCGACUAUUUCAACUUACAUAUAAAGUCGGUAUAAAUUUUGGACACAGCAAUGGUAGGGCGCUCCUCCUCAAUAGAAACAGUUUAUCCGGGCCACUUCCGGCCAACCUCGGCAUCUCCAAGUUGAGCUACCUCGCCCUCGCCAACAACAAGCUCACCGGCCCAAUCCCGUCAUCAAUCGGGCAAGCAAAAGACUCCCUCCUCGAGCUCCUCCUCCUCAACAACCAGCUCUCCGGCUGCCUCCCACACGAGCUGGGCAUGCUCACCAAAACCACGGUCAUCGACGCCGGGAAGAACCAGCUCACGGGCCCGAUCCCGCAAUCCUUCUCCUGCCUCAGCAGCGUCGAGCAGCUCAACCUGGGCGAGAACCGCCUCUACGGCCAGGUCCCCGACGCGCUCUGCAAGCUCGGCCGCCUCGCCAACCUCACGCUGGCGGGCAACUACUUCUCCUCGGUCGGGCCGGCGUGCUCGGCGCUGGUCAAGGACGGCGUUCUGGACGUAAAGAGGAACUGCAUCCCCGGCCUCGCCAACCAGAGGGCGCCCGCGGAGUGCGCCUCGUUCAUGAGCCAGCCCAAGGCGUCCUGCCCUGCCGCGAGCGCUCCCGUGUCCUGCCCUGCCGAAGCUGCCGCGGACGCCAAGAAGAUGGCGCCGGAGGGGAGGGCGGCCGCCAAGGACUACGCAAGCUACGUGACGUACGCCACUCUCCAUGAGUGAGCUAGGCGCCACGUAGUGCGUACGGCUUGUCGGCGUGGCGCAUGCAUGCGCUAGGGGACGCCGUGCCUCGUCGCUGGAGUAAUUUGUUUGCUAUUGUAUUCAUUUUUCUUGUAUUUGUUCGGUUGGUGUGUGUGCGCGCGCGCGCACGUGAUCGUUAUUUGUUUUUCUCUUCACGUGUGGAUGUCACGUCUAGAUCUUGCCCUCUUGUACGUACUGUACUGCCAUGCACGUCUGUUGUGUGGUGGCAAUUAAUUUGGAUCGUAUCUUGCUUUGUUCUUUCA